UUGACCACUCUCCAGUUACUGACUGAACGUUGUUUGGAAGGGUACAGCUCUGCCAGUUUCUAAUCCAAUAAUACAGAUUUAUAAGCGUAAAGAUUAACAUUUGUGGACAAAAGUUAAAUCGUGAAUAUCAAUUCAGACUUUAUUCCUUCGUCACGCUCUUGUCUUCAAUCGUGUGUGGUUAGAGACUAAAUUCAACUUCAAAAUGUCACUGAACGUGCCUAAAAUUAAAUUCUACAAUGGCAACGAGAUACCUAGCUUUGGCUUGGGAACGUGGAAGUCAAAACCCGGCGAAGUCACACAAGCCGUGAAAGACGCGAUCGACAUCGGCUACCGUCACAUUGACUGCGCUCACGUUUACGGAAACGAGAAGGAAGUUGGGGAGGCGAUAAAAACGAAAAUAGCGGAGGGAGUCGUGAAACGGGAGGAUUUGUUCAUAACGAGCAAGCUUUGGAACACUUACCACAAAGCUGAACUUGUGCCACACGCAAUCGAGCAAACCUUGAAAAAUCUUGGCUUACAAUAUCUCGACCUUUAUCUCAUUCAUUGGCCGAUAGCUUACAAAGAAGGCGACGAUCUCUUCCCAAAGAAUCCCGACGACAGCCCUCUCCUGAGCAACACCGACUACCUCGACGCCUGGAAGGGAAUGGAAGAAGUCCUUAAAAAAGGCCUGACUAAAAAUAUCGGCGUUAGCAACUUCAAUUCCGAACAGAUCGAAAGACUGCUGAAAAACUGCACCGUCAAACCUGUCACGAAUCAGAUUGAAUGUCAUCCGUACUUGAACCAGAAGAAGCUUUCGGAAUUCUGCAAAGCCCGUCAGAUCGUUAUCACUGCGUACAGUCCUCUGGGUUCACCAGACAGACCGUGGGCGAAGCCUGACGAUCCGAAACUACUCGAUGACCCAAAGUUAGUCGAACUCGCGAAAAAAUACGGUAAAUCUGGCGCUCAGGUGCUUCUGCGCUAUCAGCUUGACCGCGGCCACGUCGUUAUUCCGAAAUCCGUAACGAAAUCUCGAAUCGCUGAAAAUUCUGAUAUUUUCAACUUCAAGCUGACUGCGGAUGAUAUCGCUUACAUCGACACUUUUGAUUGCAAUGGAAGAAUUUGCCCGAUGACUGGGUCCGAAUCCAGCGCAUACUACCCAUUCCACAUUCCCUUCUAAAAACCAAAGGACAACUCGUCAAUUUAUCAAGUUUUCAUUCUAAGUCACUCGUUAAUUGCAUUGUGUAUUUCGUUUUCCGGCAAUCGCGUCUCGAAUUAAUCUCGAACGAUUUUUCACACAGCGUUGUAACGAGAAAUAAAUUUCCCACAAAACCAUA